AUGUCAACUACUUUAGAAAGCUAAAUACUAUUGGCUAUUUGGACUAUGUAUUAACGUAAUUAGAUUUCUAUGGAAUAAAAAGGAUGUAUAAAAGGUAUUUGAGAUAAAUAAAUAGAUCUCUUAAUUCUAAAGGAUAAUAAUUUAUACUCAACUAUUUGUCAUUGCAAAAGAUAAGAUUAAAUUGAAGAAACUAUACUUGAUAUUUUGAAUUGUAUAUAUAUUUAAUUUUGUUUGAUUAGGGUUCUCCAAGAGAUCUGGAUCCUGAAGAAAAUAUCUACCCAAUUUUUAGAUUGAGUAAUUAAUCAAGUUCUCACACAACUACCUUAUCUCAAAUUCAUUAUCCUGAAAAAAGAUUCAGAUUUAAGAGCUCUAAUAAUUAAAGUGACACUCUUUAGAAUAAUUAAAGAAUUAGAUUUGGC